AUGGAGCCUCGAAAGAAUUACAACCAGGACGAAAUAUAUGAGCUUACGAAGGCGUGCAAAGGGAAAUUCCUUCACCUACUAGAGAGCGGGGCCCCGCAAGAACAACAUUCGUGUCACGAAUUCAUCAGAAAACAAUACGACAGUUUUAGAGUUUGGAUAGCGACUACCGGGGCCUUGGCUCCGUCGGAAGCAUCGCUUGACCAUCGGUUGAGAGAUCACGGACAUAUCCUCCUAGCGAUAGUUGAAUUGCUCUUCUUGAUUCAGGAUUGUUUAAAAGAUGAACCGUGUACGAUUGAAAGCGAUGAUCAAGUCGAUGAGAAUAGCCAAAUUAAAACCAAAGAUCGAGAGGUCCAGAACAUCGUUAGCCAACAUGGGGCAUUGAAUAGAGCUCUUGAAUGCCUCCAUCAGCUCGCAUCAUCUAUUCGGCGGGCUUCUAUACCAAAUUCUCAAUUCGAUCUUUCCGCUAGGCUUUUCAAAGGCGCAAAAUUAUACGAUCCUAAUUAUCUCGAUUAUAUGAAACGGUUAUUGAAAUAUAGAUUCCCAUCUGCGGCUGAGUCACUCAUUGAUCAACUCGCCACCUCAAUGUCACGGCGUCAAAACUUGCUACUCUAUAAGGCUAGACAUGCCCAGAAAUUAAGCCAGAACCGUGAUCAUAUCAUACCCUCAGCUUUCACUGGAUCUAAUUCACCUCAAAAUAUUGAGACAGCUUCGGCAAAGCACGCCACCGGGGUCGAGCGCUCAAUACAGACUGAAACUCAACUUCCCCUAAGAAAGGCCGGCUUAUCCUUUGCUUAUUCAAAUACUGAGGCCUCUCGGCUUCUUUUGAAUAAAGCUACUCCGAGAUGGCGGGCCUCGUCGUCUAUUACUAGCACUCGCGCGGGCGUGGGGUUGCGCAAUGACCAAGGCGUCUAUCCUUCUAUCCCAACAUUUUCUAAGGAUGACGAAUUCUGCAUUUGCCCUUAUUGUUUCCAGACGCUAGCUACAAAGAAGCUAAGUCCACAGUGGUCUGGAGGCAAGAUGGGUGCGGGUUCAAGCCCACAGUACUGGAGAAAUCAUUACGACGAUGAUAUCAAGCCAUUCGUCUGUAUAUCUGAAGCUUGUAACGAUCCUCUCCAGUUUUUUUCAAAAUUUGAUAGUUGGGAAAAGCAUAUGGUUAGUCAACACUCCGAGGAUUGGCCCCGGACAGUUCAUUCAAUCGCCUGGUGCUGUGAUAUCGAUGACUGCCGGCUCGACGAGAAGGUUUUUUAUCAGCUGAAAGACUUUGAGGAGCACUUAGAAGGAAAACCUAAACGACACUUUUCGGCGAAUCAAAUCACCGCCCUCGCAGUUCGUAAACAAAGGACUAUUCGAAGGGAAGUUGGAACUUGUCCCUUAUGUGAAGUAGUGAUUAGUGGUCUCGUAUCUAACCUCCAAAACUCGCCACUGGCGGACCAUAUUGGAGGCCAUUUGCACUACUUAGCAAGCCUUUGUACCAUAGAACUAAAUAUAGUUCCAGAUAACACUGAUUCUGAGAGCCAGUCCAAGAGACGAAGGACGAAGGAAGGCUCACAAACUGAUUCAAGGGGCCAGUUGCUAACCGACGUUGAAAGAGAAGAACUUAUAUUUUACGAUGAUAACGCAAUUACAGAUAUAAGUUCUAACGCCGCGAACACACACUACCAAUCACCCGAUCGCGAGCCAGCAGGCCCCGGCCGUACAGUCAAUCGAUACUAUUUUAUGGUUCAAAACUACAAUCCCACCGACGAUCUAGUUUUACAGCAUUUUGCACGUAGUAAACUGUACCAUCUUAAAGAUACUACAAUUGGACCAAGGGUUGGGCCUCAGCAGAAUUCGGGUGUUGAAACUCGAAACGAAGUAUCGGUAGAAGUUGGAAUUCAACAUUCCAAUAGCUCUAUCUAUACGUCGCUAGAGUUUCCAUUCGCAAACGAAAGUUCUGACGUCUAUAAUGAAUACCAAGAUCUGGUUUCAAGAGACUUGGAUAGGGUAAACUCGGGCGCUGGGAAGCGCCUCAAGUUAUCACAUCCUAAAGGCCCGCACCCUAUGCUUACGUGCCCGUUCGCGAAAGGUGAUCCUACUACCUAUCCGCGUUGUAUCUUUAUCAGUCGCAGAAAUCUAUCAGGAAUCAAGGAGCAUCUUAAGCGAAAUCAUUUCGGAGGCGCGUUACCUCCGGUUAUUAAAACCUCGAAAUCAUGGUCCGAUCUUUUCGCCUAUUGUAAUCCUGAGUGGCAGAGAAUCUACCCAGAUCCUUCAGCUGAGACUAGACAAAUAUUAGACAACUUGUCUAUGGGCGAGAUACUCUCAAAGCCGACGGAAAAUUCAGGAACUACGAGUCCGAGCGCAGCCCCAUUGAGGCCUCAGCCAGAAGAUAUAAUUUUUGGUAAUUCUAGCGAUCAAACUGAAUACAACCAAAAAAAGGCUCCAUCCGAUCCUGUCACUAUCGUUGAAGGCGACGCCCCUUUCCUGGACACCCUCAAUCGGCCACAGGGUUCAUCUUUGCUAUUUGACUGGCCUCAAACCCAGGAAGUACUUCAGAGUUCAUACAACGAUAUCGGAUCGCUCGCUAGGGAGUGGGGGUCUGUGACACUGUGCGAGUUAGAGAUCGAGACGGCUAGCCUACAUAAUAUUGUAGACUCGGAUCCCGAUAUUGAUCAAAAAGUUGGGACACCAGUACUUGUGCUAGACGAGCCGCCUAAGGUGACAGAACAAGAAACCCGGAAGAAGAGGUAUGAUAUUAGUGUUCGUAGGCCGUCGAAGGGAGCGAACUCUCCCUCCAUUGAACAGCCGGGCCCAAAAAUCUUCACAUUCAAUGACCUCACUGAAUUCAGAAGCGGAUUCGAACACUGGAUGAAAUCGGAAUUUGUCGAUCCAUUAUUCUCCUGGGACGAGAUGUUAUUGUUCAACUCUCUAGAAGGAGGCCCUCUACGGUCCUUAGAAGAGGUUGUCACCAGUAUUAAACAAAUACUAUUUUGGUACCGAACACCUGAAGUAGCGUUAUACCUCUUAAUGAAGGAUGACACACUUAGCCACCCACAGCCUAGCGCCACAGUUCAGCAUCAGCGAGCAGAAUAA